CCCCAGGACAACACCACCCCCACCCCCCACACACUCUACGCUGGUGUCAUAACUGUGCAAUAAAGAACUUCACAACUUCAGUUUCGAUUUUUGAAGGCGUCUGAGAGAGCCAUAAUUACUCUCAGUGAAUUCAAGAACUGAGCUUUGAAAGGGUCAUCCGCUUGACUCUGCUGUAUAUACCUCAAGAUUUGCUUUUUCUUGGUCUUGUGGAGUCUGUGCUCCUGCAAAAUUCCAAGUUUCUGGUGAAAUUGGAGCUGGGGGUUGAUGGAGACAGAAAAUGGUGAUUCUAAGUCCAAGAUGGAAGAUUAUGCAGUGAUAGAGCAGAUUGGUAGAGGUGGUUUUGGAGCUACGUUUCUUGUGCUCCAUAAACCUCAGAAUAAGAAGUAUGUGCUGAAGAAAAUUCGUCUCUCUAAGCAGACAGAGAAGUUCAGGCGCACAGCGUACCAGGAGAUGAAUUUAAUUGCAAAACUGCGGCAUCCAUACAUUCUUGAAUAUAAAGAUGUUUGGGUGGAUAAGGGAAGCUGUAUAUGCAUCGUGACCGACUAUUGUGAAGUUGGAAAUAUAUCCGAGAUUAUGAGGAAGACGAGAGGAGGAUAUUUCCCAGAGGAGAAAAUGUGCAGAUGGCUGACUCAGUUGCUAUUAGCUAUUGACUAUCUUCAUUCCAAUCGUGUCCUUCACAGGGAUAUCAAGUUAUCUAACAUAUUCCUCACAAAGGAAAAUGACGUCCAUCUUGGUGAUUUUGGAUUAGCAAAGCUUCUCAAUGAGGAAGGUCGUGCAUCGUCGGUUGUCGGCACCCCAAACUACAUGUGUCCGGAGCUUCUUGCAGAUACUCCAUACGGCUAUAAAUCAGACAUAUGGUCACUAGGUUGCUGUAUAUUUGAGAUUGCUGCACACCACCAAGCAUUUAGAGCGCCUGAUAUGGCUGGACUUAUCAACAAGAUAAACAGAUCUUUGAUCUCCCCACUGCCGAUUGUAUACUCUUCCACCCUAAAACAGAUCAUGAAGAGCAUGCUAAGGAAGAGCCCAGAACACAGACCGACUGCUGCCGAGCUAUUACGACACCCACAUUUGCAACCAUUCCUCCUCCGGUGUCACAACCCGUCCACUGUGUUUCUCCCUGUGAAGUCUCCCUCUCCCAAGACCACAAAUGAGAGAACAAGAAAACCGUCACCUGGAACUUCUGGAGGCAGUAAAGACUCUAAAGAAAGAGAGCUGAAACUGAAACAGAGGGAUUUGCUUCCGCUGUUUGAGGAAAAUACUGAUGCGCCAUAUCCAAGUUUGUUGGACGAUGACAUCUCAAUAGAAGAGCAACUCGAGACUAAGAGGGUUGAUCCCACGAGCUAUUUGGGAGAAAUUUCUCAUGACAGUGAAGAUUCAAAGAGUGGGGACACAAGUGAGACAACUGCUUGCAAUGGAGAUGAUCGGGAGAAUUACGAUUCUUCAUCACCUAAAGAAAGCCUCAACACGAUGGAUGCUUCGACUCUACCUCUAAAUGCACUACCUGAAGAACAAGACAAGUACUCUUCCAAGCUCGUCGCAAAGUCAGAGAAAUCCGACCUGGAGAGUGAUAAUACAGUGGAUAAAGAGCCUCUGUGCACUUCCUGUGUCGCUGAGGAAACAGAAAUAAAGUCAAAGGAUACUGCUCAUCAGACUUGCAGCAAAACAGGCACACCUGGUACAACUAGUAGCAGCAACUUUUUGUCUCUUUUUGAUGCAAACGUCACAUUGACCAAUGACAAGGUAAGAUCCGAAGUUGAUGCAGAACCAAGAAGCUCAUUGAGUGUGGAGGAAAAUUCUGGUGAAUGUUCAGGAUUGGCACCUGAUGCUGAAGAUCCCAAAAAUUGCCCAGACAAGGAUACAGUGAAAAUCAAAGAGGAGGUUGCAAGUGAGCCAAUGCAGGCUGAGAAAGAAGAAACUCAACUAAUGAAUCAAGCUAUCACCAACAAUCUGUCGUUAAACACAGAAGCUGCAGCUGACAGUGAUGAGAACAAAGGUGAGCCGGAAAUUCCAGGAGGACAGAGAGCCGACGCAUUAGAGUCCUUGCUUGAAUUAUGUGCAAGACUGCUGAAACAGGACAAAUAUGAUGAGCUCUCUGGUGUGCUGAAACCGUUCGGUGACGACACUGUCUCUUCCAGAGAAACAGCAAUAUGGCUGACAAAAAGCUUAAUGAAUGCACAGAAGUUUGCUAAAGAAUCCUAGUUUUAAGCAUUGGACAUGAUCAGGGACCUUCAUAUCUAGUAAUUUAUUGUAACGAUUUGUUGAGCUUGGAUGUAUAAAUUGUUUGUCCAAAGAGUAAAUGUUUGAUUGGAGUUUGAGGAUUGCAUUUAUCAAAAAUCAUGUCCGAAUGUUUUUUC